AUGGCGAAUAGCCUCUUGAGAAAAUUCAAUGUGAUCAACCCGAUGGACGCAUGUCAUUUGGUGUUUAUAAGCUACGUCCGUGUCCUUCUCGACCUCGGUGUAACAAUCAACAGGCUCACCCUUUUAGACAGGAGGAAGAUUUCCCCAUACAUGAUGAUAAUGUCGCUGAAUAAGCGCCGUUCUCUCUAUAUGUAUCCUGAGUUCAAGUGCUGCCGUGAACUAUUCGUUUGUUACGAUAUCGGUUUGGUUGCUCCAGUCUUCGCUCAUGAGAAUGACCGAUUCUUGUCCUUGCGAAUUUUCGAAGUGGAUGAGUCACACGUACUUUACAAGAGGGAUCUGCUGAAUAUCUGA